CUGCAGCCCCCCGUGAACAACCCUCUGAGGGGCAGGUGGCAGGGAGCAGCUUUGGAGGAUGGAGGAAGCAGAGGUAAACGGUGACAGGGUCCAUUUCUGCACAGACAGCCAGUGCAUCUCCCUGCAUCUCCAAGGUAUGGGUUCCGAGACAGUGGCUCCUGCAGCCCCCAAGAGGAGGAGGUGGGUUGAGGUCACACUGGCAUUUGUGAUGGGGACCAUGGUCUCCUGCUUCGUGGCUCUCCUUGUUGUGGCUCUAUGGCCCCGGGCAGAUCCCUCGUUCCAGAAGUUUCAUGCCAUGGCAGACAACGUCACCAGCUGGCCAUCACUUGUGGAACCGGAUAAUUCCUUCCAUUUUGGCAGGGUGGCUGAGGAGCAAGAGGUUAUCCAGAUGUUUAAAGACCAUGUUGAGAAUUCCAAGAGCUGGCCUGUGGAGAUCCAGUGGCUGAAGUACAGAAUGGACAAUGUCAGUUCUCAGAUCCAGAUGCUUAGUGGUCACCAGACAAACACCAGCGCUGACCUCCAGAGGGUAAACGGAGUUCUAGAGGACAUCGGCAUCUGGAGUACCCAGACCCAGAUGUUAAGGAGUUCCUUGGAGGAGGCCAAUGCCGAGAUCCAGGACCUAAAGGGAGCUCUGGAAAAGGCAAACACUUUAAAUUCUCAGAACCACAAUUUCCUACAAAGCAGUUCAGAGAACACUGGCGUUGAGCUCCAUAUGUUAAGCAGAGGCCUAGAAAAUGCCAGCGCUGAAAUUCAGAUGUUAAAGGCAGGUUUAGAAGUGGCCAAUGCCCAGGUCUGGUUGGCAAAUAGUAGUUUGCAGAAUGCUAGGGUUGAGAUCCAUCUUUUGAAAGGCAGUCUGGGGAGUCUUGAUAUUUUAAGGACCCAGAACCAGGCUUUAAGCAAUAGUUUGGAAGAAGCGAAUGCCGAGAUCCAGAGGCUUAAGGGAGGCCUGCAAAAUGCAAAUACUUUCACUUCCCAGACCCGGGCCUUUAUAAACGACAGUUUAGACCACACCAGCGCUGAGAUCUGGUCAUUAAGAGGCCAUUUGGAAAGGGCUGGUGAUGAGAUUCAGCUGUUAAGAGAUCUGGAAACUGCCCAGACCCAAAGGGCAAACCAUAGCAUGGAGGAGACAAAGGCUCAGAUCCAAGUAUUAAAAGCAGAGCUGGAAAAUGCCAGUGCCCUAAGUAGUUCCCAGAUUCAGGUGUUAAACAGUCAUCUGCAAAAUGUCGGCAGAGACAUAGAGACCCUAAAACAAGGAAUGAAGGAUGCUGCCUUAAAUUCCCAGAUCCAGACAUUAGAAAGCAGUCUGCAGAAGGCCAGUGCUGAGAUCCAGAAGCUAAAACAUGAUUUAGAGAACAUCGAAACCCUAAGUGCAAAAGUCCCAGAGCAGCAGAGUAGCGUGGAGGCCCUCCGUACGGCCUUCGCUUCGUGGGAGCAGCUACAAAAGACCCAAAAUCAACUUCUCCAGCUGAUCCUGCAAGGCUGGAAGGUCUUCAGUGGGAGCUUGUAUUACUUUUCUGAUGCCAAGAAGUCUUGGAAUGAGGCUGAGCAGUUCUGUGUGUCCCAGGGAGCCCACCUGGCAUCGGUGACCUCUGAAGAAGAGCAGACCUUUCUGACAAAGUCCACGAGUACCUCUCACCACUGGAUUGGCCUCACUGACACUGGCACUGAGGGCUUCUGGCAUUGGGUGGACGGGACGCCCUUCAGUAGUGCCAGAAGCAGAAGGUUUUGGGGCAGGAAUCAGCCAGACAACUGGCGACAUGAGAACGGGCACACCGAGGACUGUGUCCACAUUCAGCAGAUGUGGAAUGACAUGUAUUGUGAUGCUGCCUACCAGUGGGUGUGCAAGAAGCCCGUGGGCCAGGAUGUGGCCUGAGAGCGGAGCAGAGCUUGGUGGUGGUGGUGGGGGGUCAAUCCCGGAUGCAAGCUCCAGGAUGCCUUGUGAGCCUCUGAACUCGUCCUCUGGGGCUUUCCAUUUGGCCUUCAGUGUUUCCUCCCUUGUCCAUUAUUUAACCUUAUCAAGGUGUUUACCUCCUGUAACCAGUGGGACCGAUAGUUCCCCAAGGAAAGAGCUAUGGCGUGUCCCUCUGUAGCCCCCUCUGCAACCAGCACGGGCUGUCGGACAGCAGGUCCUCAAUAAACGCUUGUUGAAC